AUGCGCUCCAGUCUAUCGUGCGACGCGUGCAGGCGAGCCAAAGUCAAGUGCGCCCACGAUGGCGAGCCACCCUGCUCACGAUGCGCCAAGUCAAAGGUGCCGGGCUGCACUUUGCUGCGGCCUCGUGUGGACUUGGAGAAGGCGAAUCGCGUGAGGGCCAAGCGCAAAGAGGAGAAGCGUGCUGCGCUGGCGGCGGCAUCGCAAGCGACCAGUGCGCCCGAGACGUCCCCUGGCAUGCCCACCCCGAGGAGCAGUCAUCGGACUUCUCUACGGACACCACAGGAGGAGCACGAUGAGGCUGAUGGGCAGGAUACCGAGGACGCGAAACUCGAUCUCCUCAGGGUCGAUCGGCACAUUGGCACCUUGCCCAACAGCACGAUCCUCAAGUCGCUCAACACAUUUUCCAACAAGUUCCCCGAGCUGGCAAUAUUGCAUCUGCCCACCUUUAUGCAGGAAUUUGAAUCGCCAUCAUGCUCCAGGGAGAGCAUGGCGCUCCUCGCGGCGGUCCUGGCCGUGGCGAGGGCGCAACUCGCCUCGCAGGGCGCUGCUUGGACAGAGGGCCUUUUGAGCCGAGAAGAGUAUGCCACAUAUGCCAAGGAGCGCCUACAGGUGUUCAUGUUGAAGGAACCCAGGGUCCAGGUCGUGCAGGCGCUGCUCAUCAUCACGCUCCACGAAUGGGGCACGCGCGACUUCCACAAGGCGUGGGUGUACUGCGGCAUCGCGAUCCGCAUCAUGCAGGCGCUGCACAGCCAGCGCGUCUCGCCGUACCCUCUCGAUCCCAGCAGCGAGCGUGGCCGGCCCGCGCGCAACGCCGUGACGGCCGCCAUCGAGACGCGCGCGUACUGGGCGUGCUUUCUCAUGGACUGCAUGGUCAACUCGGGGACGUACAACCCGCCCAUGCUGCCCAUGUCGGAGAUGCAUAAACUCAAGAUCCCCCGGCCGCUGUCCGCCGUCGAGUUCGCCUUUGGACCCGAGCUGCCGUCGCACACCAUGCCCCUCGCCGGCGGCGCGCUGGACAUUACGCAGUCCUUUGAGAUCCUCGUCGGCGGGUUCGAGAUCUGGGCCAAGGUGAUGGAGUUCAUCUUCAACGACGGGCGCAAGGCGCCGGGCAUGUGCGCGCCGCACAACUGUCCCUGGGUGCCGGGCUCGCCCUGGAUGUCCAGCUGGAGCCGGCUGCGGUCCUGGCGCGCCGACCAGCAUCGCAACCUGCACUACCCCAGCACCAGCGUCGCCGUGCACAUGACGCUCGGGUACGGGGAGACCUUUACGUACCUGAACCUGCUGUAUUACGUGAGCAAUCUGAUGUUGCACCGCGAGUACACGCCAUUCCUCCCCACGCCGGAGAGUGUCCCACAGGGGCCGGUGGACAAGCCUCUGCUCGAGGCCACGGCGCCCAACGGGUGGUGGGAGGACAAUGCGGCCGAGAUUUUUGGGUCAGCCGAGAACAUUGCGCUGCUCCUCCACGAGGCGUCCGAGUGCGGUGUCCCGCUCAUGACCCCGUUUGCCGGGUUCUGUGCCUUCUCCGCAUGCUAUGUGCUGGUCUACGUAUACCGGUUUCCACGGAUGAACCUGGGCCGGAGUCCACGCGCAGAAGAAUGCAUGCACAUGUGCAUGGACUAUCUACACCAAUUCCGGAACGUGUGGAAGAUUGCCGACGGAUGGAUCAAGACACUGCAAUAUGCAUCGCUCCUCUAUGGCCGUGCGGCAACAGAAGGCCGAUACCGAGGACGCACGAGAGCAGACUUUGACAACCUGCACCAGUCCGUGCACGAGUUCCGCGUCGUGGAUCGUUCCGAGCAGCAUCUGCAGGAGAUUGAUGGCGCAGAUCGUCCCGUUGAACAGCCCGAUAGUAGUAGGCGCCAUCUACACCAGCACCAGCAUCAUCACCAGCAACAACACCACGCAGGCCAAAACGAGCCAGAUCGCUUCGCGGGCUCCUUUGGCUUCGAUGACCAGACCAUGGAUACCAACAUGCUGCUCAACCAGCUCAUGGCCGAGGUCAGCACCAAUGUCGACGAGCAGGGCGCCUGGUCCCAGUGGUGGCCGACCAUGCAGGAGGUGGAACUGCCAGAGGGUGUGCCGCUGCUCAUGUAA